GGAUGGAUAAAUAAGAUUCGUUUAAAUCCAAGCUUUUAAGUUAAGGCAGGUAGAGCAAGAAGCCUAUAUAUCCGUCGUCUUUCCCAUUCCAUUCCAUUCUUAUCGCCAUUUUCAUCCACUUCAUUGCUCUUCAUAGCUCACUCUCCCUCAACAACCCAAAUGCCCAGCAUCUCUUCACUCUUCUAGAAUAUGGGCACCGCCGCAUCCAUGAACGCCGACACCAGCUCCCAUGGCACCGAAGACCACGCCGGCGGCCAGCUCUACGUCUCCCUCAAGAUGGAGAACUACAGGCUCAAAGGGGAGCUCGUACCCCAUGUUUACGGCUCCGCCCCGCUCGUCGGCUCAUGGGACUCCUCCAAAGCUCUGUCUAUGGAGCGAGAAUCGACUUUUAUGUGGGAAUUAAGCUUCGUUGUACCACCUAAUCACGAGACGCUGGAUUUUAAGUUCUUGUUGAAGCCCAAGCACGGUAAUGUGCCGUGUGUUGUGGAGGAGGGUCCGAAUAGGCAAUUGAUAGGAGGUACAUUGCAAGGGGACCGGAACUCUGCCAUGUUUAAGUUGGUCGGCGAUGAGGUUCUUGAGUAUAAGGUGUUCAUUAAAGCAGAUAGGGUUUCACCAUUCGAUCUUGCUGCAAGUUGGAGGGCGUAUCAGGAGAACUUCCAGCGAUCAGCUGUUCGUGGGAUACCAGAUGUCAGUAUAGCUUCUGCUACUGAAGCUGGUAAUGAGAAUGGAUCCCCAGCAAGUCUGGAGCUUGAUAUUGAGCAUUAUGUUGUUCCAGCUCCAUCUGCAAAUUCAGGUCCAGUUUAUGCAGCAAAUAUGACAGAAACUCCUAGAUCACUCACUCGUACAGGAAUACUUUCCAGGAACGACAGCUCUAGUGGUUCAUCACAUUCUCAAAAAGAUCUCGGUGCCUCAGUUGACCGACCUGGUGGGAUGGAAGUCAUUGUCCCAGAAACAGCAAAGUUGUCUUUAGGAUCUGGCAUGGUCGAGUCAAAGUCCGUUGGAACUUUUUCUAACAUGCAGAAACAGGAAGUGCACAGAGGACUCUUUGUGGAUAGGGGGGUAGGAUCUCCUAGACUAGCAAAAUCAGCAAGUGCAUCAACUUUUGCUGUUGAUGUCAAACUUGAUUCAGAACCUAAGAACUCUAUGCCAGCUGCUGCAGGAGCUGUUGCAGCUGGAGCUGUAGCAGAUCAGAUGCUUGGGCCCAAGGAGGAUAGACAUCUGGCAAUUGUCCUGGUUGGGUUGCCUGCUAGGGGGAAAACUUUCACAGCAGCAAAACUUACUCGAUAUCUUCGUUGGUUAGGUCAUGAUACCAAACACUUCAAUGUUGGGAAGUAUCGAAGGCUCAAGCAUGGAGUUAACCAGACAGCUGAUUUUUUCAGAGGCGACAAUCCAGAAGGCAUAGAAGCACGCAAUGAGGUAGCAGCGCUUGCAAUGGAGGAUAUGAUAUCUUGGAUGCAAGAGGGUGGCCAGGUUGGGAUAUUUGAUGCUACAAACAGUACCAGGAAAAGACGGAACAUGCUUAUGAAAAUGGCUGAGGGCGAAUGCAAGAUUAUCUUUCUAGAGACAUUAUGCAAUGAUAGGAAUAUAAUUGAAAGGAAUAUACGUCUCAAAGUUCAACAGAGCCCGGACUAUGCUGAAGAGCCAGAUUUUGAAGCAGGGUAUCAUGACUUCAAGGUCCGACUGGAAAAUUACGAAAAGGUCUAUGAGCCAGUUGAAGAAGGGUCUUAUAUAAAAAUGAUUGAUAUGGUCUCUGGAAAUGGUGGACAAAUACAAGUGAACAACAUUAGUGGCUACCUUCCAGGGCGAAUAGUAUUCUUCCUGGUGAAUACACAUCUAACUCCCCGUCCAAUUUUGCUUACCAGGCAUGGAGAGAGCCGAGACAAUGUCAGAGGUCGAAUUGGUGGUGACAGUGCCAUAAGUGAUUCUGGUGAGCUUUAUGCUAAGAAACUGGCAAAUUUUGUUGAGAGGCGCCUGAAAAAUGAAAAGGCUGCUUCCAUAUGGACUAGCACGUUACAGAGAACAAUUUUGACAGCAACUCCAAUUGGAGGAUUUCCCAAGAUACAAUGGCGUGCACUUGAUGAAAUUAAUGCUGGUGUAUGUGAUGGGAUGUCAUAUGAAGAAAUUAAGAAAAAUAUGCCAGAAGAAUAUGAAUCGCGUAAAAAGGACAAAUUGAGGUACAGAUAUCCACGUGGAGAAUCUUAUCUUGAUGUUAUACAAAGGCUGGAGCCUGUGAUUAUUGAGCUCGAACGGCAAAGAGCUCCAGUUGUGGUCAUAUCUCACCAGGCAGUUUUGAGGGCUUUGUAUGCUUAUUUUGCUGAUAGGCCAUUGAAAGAGAUUCCCCACAUCGAGAUGCCACUUCACACAAUAAUAGAAAUACAGAUGGGAGUUACCGGUGUCCAGGAGAAACGAUACAAGCUCAUGUGAGAGCUCACGAAACUUGACAUGAUUGCAUAGUAAGCUUCCAUUCCUUAAUUACUAGUGUCACUCAGCUGUAAAAAACCGAUACAAGGGAGAAAAAUAAUGUUAGGUCAGGUGAAAAUUAUUCAUCACGAACAGAAUUUUAUGGCUACUGGUACCUCACCUCAAUGUCCGAAUUUCGUUCUCGAUCCGAAGGGGUCAAAAAUAAUGACCAAUCACCUGCUGUUUUUCGUCUC